GUGGUUGUUUCUUCGUUGCAGGUAAGAAAGAGGGAGGAAGAAGGAGGCGUCUUCAAAAGUUUAAAAGUCUUUCUGGCUCUAAGAUCGUUGUUUCUGUGGUAAUCAAAGAAAAGAAGCAAAAAGAAGAAAGAGAAGGAGAAUGCCUGGAGAGGAAAAAGGGCUUAAGCAGGAGAAGCUGUUGGGGGAGCUGAACCAGGGGCGCCAACUCGCGAACCAGCUCCUGAACCUGUUCGCCUCGCCGGCGGUUGAAGACGACGGAGUACUCAGAACCCAGAGGGCACUAGUUGAAGCGGUCGUCCGGUCUUUCGACACCGCGAUCCUCGUACUAAGACCGGUUGGUGGUCCGAAAACGGCCGGAAAUCAAGAUGGUGGCGACGGAGGUGGUGAUCUGGGGAGCCCCAAGAGGGAGAAACCGCAGACUAAGGAGAGAGGAGGCAGUAAACGGAGGAAAGUGGAACAGAUGGAAACAACGACAAGAGUCAUCCCGGCCCUUCAUUAUGACGAUGGUUAUGCUUGGAGAAAGUAUGGGCAAAAGGACAUUCUUGGCUCCGGCCACCCAAGGAACUAUUUCCGUUGCACCCACAAGCUUGAUCAAGGUUGCCCAGCCCAAAAGCAAGUGCAGAAGCUAGACCAUGACCCCUCCCUCAUUCAGGUCACCUACAUGGGCAGCCACACAUGCAAGCUCACCCGUGUGAUCCAGGAGAUGGACGGUGCAGACCCAAGUGACGAUCAGAAACAGGGGUUCCUCCUUAACUUUGAGACCAACUCCAUGCCCUCUGGUUUUUCUUUCUCCUCUUUUGCAUUUCUCAAACAAGAAGAGAAUGAGACGUUGAAUGAGUCCACAACCACACCCAGCAACCGGACUGGUUGCACUUCUUCGCCGGAUUUCGAUGCCGGUGAGUCUGAUCAUAUCUUCAAAGAGUUAGACCAAGUCGGUUUGGAUGAUGGUGAUGGAGUGUGCAGCUUCCCGGAACUUGACAUGGGCGUGGUGAGCUUUCUAGAGUUUGAAGAUCUUGACCAAAGUCUUGAAUUUUUCAGUUCAUGACCAAUUUCAUGUUUGGAUGCACUUCAUAAUGUUAAGAUUUCUUGGGUUCC